CAGCCGGCCGCGGGACGCCGCCCAUGGCGCCGCUACAAGAGGCCCGAGAUGGCGGCCGCCAGGGGCUGCGGGCCAUGGCGGAGGGGGCGAGCGCGGCGGGGAGGAGGAGGAAGAUGGGGACGAAGAGGGUGCUGGAGCUGAAGGAGCGCCUGGGCCGCGCGGAGCAGCCCGCGGAGAUUCUAAAAGCACUUGAGGUACUAAAGAAUCUGGAUAUAUCACUGGAUAUUCUAGUGGAAACUGGCAUAGGCAAAACAGUGAACAGCUUUAGGAAACAUGCCACUGCUGGGAAUGUAGCUAAAUCCCUGGUGAAGCGAUGGAAAAAGCUUAUUCCUCCAGAAAAUAAAAGUGAUCACAGAGGAAGAAAAAAUGCUGAAAAAGAAAAAGAUGAGACAAAAUCUUCUGUUUCCAAAGAAACUAAGCCUUCAGAGAAGCCCAAAGCAUCUGUAUUGGCCUCCAAAAGUUCCAAUAGCUCUCCCAUUUCUAAGAAGUUGAAUAAGCAGCAUACACAUAGGGAAAAAAAGCACCGAAAUACAGGUUCUGAGUCUCAAAAAGAACGUGAUAAUAAAGAAUGUAGCAGCAGUAGUUCUAAACGUGGCUCCCAGGGUACUGAUCCUCAAGCUAAAGAAGGACACUUGAAAGAGAGAGCCUCCAAGGACAGCAAGGAAGGCUCAGAAAAGAGGCGUUCCUGUGUGGCCAGUAAGGACAUAUCCCCCACGAAGGAAAGGUCUGGUAAGGAUGCUCCCAAACAGGAAGAUCCUAAGCAUGUGAAGAAACCAAAACAAAAACCUGUCACAGGAAGCAAAGCUAAAUUACCUAGCGAUGAGGAAUUUGAGCCCCCUACUAUGUCUUUUGAAUCUUACCUUAAUUAUGAUCAGGUUACAAAAAAAAGAAAGAGGAAAGCUUGCUCUACAGGUGAACGUCCAAAGAAGUGCAGCGAACAGAAGAGUAGCUCAGUACCACAGAAGACUACAAAACUUCCUCACGCAGAUGAGGGAGAAGAGAAGAUCCAGAACUGUGAGGAUGAUCAAUCAGAAACGCCCAGUAAAAAGACCAAGGUGGCGUCCCUUCAAGAUCUUCUUAGUACUCCACUGCCUAAAUCUCUGCCAGGCAUUUUAAUCUCAUCUCUCCCCUAUGCUGCUGACUUUAAGGUGCCUGUUGUGGAAGCACCCCAGCAAGUCAGCGAAUCAGUUCAGUUCACGGGACGGAGACAGAACUCUAAAAUGCAAGUUUACUCCGGCUCCAAACAAGCCCAUCUUUCAAAGAUGCUUACACUGUAUGAGCAGUGCAUCCGUGUGCUUCAAAAUAAUAUCGAUUCACUGCAUGAAGUAGGAGGUGUGCCCUUUGAAAUUCUUGAGCCUGUGCUGACACGCUGCACACCAGAGCAGUUGUUUCGCAUAGAGGACUGUAAUCCGACGUUUACAGAAGUGUCCGACCACUUGUGGAAGAAACACUGCCAGAGGGAUUUUAAAAAUGAGAGGCUUCUGGAAUAUGAAUCUUGGCGUGAAAUGUACUUGAGGCUCUACAAUGAGAGGGAGGAGAGACUGAAGACGCUUACAAAAAACAUUCUUUCAGCGCAGGCUAAGAAACCAAAAGGCCGGCAAGUAAAAAUGGCUUACAUGACUACUGCAGCAAAACCACCCAGGAAUAUUCGCCGAAAACAAGAAAUCCAUGGGACAGCAGGACCUGUCACCCAGCUUCAUCCCACGGAGAAGUGCAAUGAGCUGUCCAGAGUGAUAGAGCUGACCAGAGUGAAUCUCAGCAACUGUUAAUACACUGGAUUGUGGCCUUCUACUUUGGCAGCUUGAAGGAGUGUCUGGAACAGUCAGUCAGUGGCAGUAGCCAACACUAAUCACUGGAGGAACACAAAAUUGGGAUUCCUCAAAUAUUUUCUUCGUACAGCACAAACCCAAGGUCUCCUCUUGACAACUUAAUUCAGAGUGGUUCAGCAGCCAUAGGAACCGAAGCAGAGAGAUGGGAUUUGUCCUGCUAUUUGUGCUGUCCUGAUGAACUCCUCUUAUACCCAAGAGCAUGCAACAGGGAGAAAAAACAGCUGUAGCACCAACUUCCACCCCCUUUUCCCUUCUCAAGUAUGUGGAGAGACUUCUUUAUGUUUGUAUAUCUGUUCUUGUCCAAAAGAAAAUCAGCAGUUUGAUUUAAAAGCACCCCAUGGGUUGAUAAGUCCACGUAGCAGCAGUUGGACUGUAAAAACAGUGGAGACUGUUCACACUGCCUGGAUGUGGGUGUCUUGUGCUGUGGUCACUUACUUCCCUGUGAGGAGCACCGUGCCUUCCCUUCUCCCCAUAGCUUGUGGGUGUUCCCCUGUUGGCAUAACUGCUCUGCAGCUGCCUGCCUCAAAAAUGAUCCUUUUGAGGGGGAAAAACUGUUUUAAUUGAUCUGGGUUACUCUUGAAUUAGCAGUUAAUGCAGGCUGACAAAUAUGUAAGUGGAAAGUGACAGGUAGCUGGGGAGUAUAAAACUUCAGCUGUUGCAAAGAUGAUGCAAAACUGACUGACAGUCACUGAAAAUGUCAGCAGUCAUUGUAAGUAGUUUCUGUCCUUGUGUUGCAGGGCUUGCAGUUGUGCUGAGUAAUUCUUCAUGUGCCUAAGGCUGAGCAGACCUGGGCUUAUGGGAGAGGGGAGAAAACACAAAAACAACAGAAACUUGUGGAAGUGUGUGUAUAAAUAUAUAUUUAUAUAUAUAUAUAAAAUCAAAGUCUGCUGACUUCAGGAACUUGAUUUACAGUUUAGCUGUCUACUGUCUUGCUCAAGACAGUGGUGGUAUGGGGCAGGAAUGACAGCCCACAUGUUGGAAACCCUCAAAAACAGCUUUUGCACUGGAGACGUUCUUUUUACAUCUGUACCUUUUAGGUGAUUAAAUUAGGAAGCUUCUUUCCAGACUGCUGUUAUUGAUGCAAAGAUGGUCCAACACCAAUGCAGUAGCUUAAGGCGCUUCAAGUUGGGCUUCUGCUUUUGGUUACCCUGUGGGAGGUUGUAUCUGUUGUGACAGACUAGCCUUCCAGUUUGUGCUUCAGUACAGUAGUGUAAGUGUCCUUUCUGUCCUAGUAACUGAAUAAUGUACUCAAAGACAGCAUAAUAUUUUUUUAUGCAUCCUAAAUUAGGACAAACUGCUGUUGUGUGAAAGGAACUGCAAGGAGGGUUUGCCUUCUCGAGAAACAAAACUUUGUUCAGGCAUGAUGAGUUAACUUCUUAGCUUCUUUGAACAUGUCCUUUGAAAACCUUCUGUCAGCUUUACUGUGUACAGCUGAAAUUUUCACUUAUGAAGCUGGUGUUACAGGGGCUAAAAAGGUCCUGUGGCACACAUGCAGAUCCCUAGCAGGCUGUUUGGUGUUUGCCAUGCAGUGCUUUAUGUUAACUGGCAGCAGGCCUCAGUGACUGGCUCCAAGGCGUACAAGGCUGCCCAGAUUGCUGGGCAGUUAAAUGCUGUGUUGAUUUAACUGUUCUACACAGAGCUGAUGCCUACUGCAACCAUCCCAGUCCUUGUCCUGUUACUUGGUGUUUCCAACCUAAUAUUUAGGGCUAGUUAUUGUGCCUUUUCCUGGGCAUUUCUAACUUAAAGGAGAAAAACAAAACAGACCUGAAAACUUGAGUGUGAAUUUUUCCUAACUUUCUGGCAAAGAGACAAUUAGUAGUUCAGCUGUAUUCAAAACCAAACAAAAAAAUCACAGACCAAACUAGAACACAGGCCAACAGCUUAUUAGUCAUCAUAAUAGCUCCAUCUGUCGUAAAUACAGAUCACUUUACAUUAAAGACAAAUAAGAGGUAUCAUAUCUAAUGAAUGGAAAAACUGUGCAAGAAUGGAAAUGGACUAGAUGACCUCAAGAGGCCCCUUCUAACCUGAAUUAUUCUAUGAUUUUAAAUGUAUCACAGUACUGAUAAGGAGACAGACUUGUUAAAACACUGAUGUUUUUUUUAUCAAAAUGUGAUGGAGUGAAUGGC